AUGUCGGAACUAGUCCGACCUUCCGGCUACUUCUACGACGACACGGACGACCCUUUCGCCGGCGCGUUCUGGUCGCAAUUCCAAGAUCCGCACGACCUAGCUGCGCGGCAUGUACCCACCGACUCGUCGCCAGCCGCGGCGAUGAAGGCGUACCGCGAAUACAGGGAUCGCGUGCGCAAGCCCGUGCUCGCGACCUAUACCAUCUUGGGGUUCCUGAGCUCGGGAACGUAUGGUAGGGUGUACAAGGCGAGAUUGAGGAACGCGCCUGGGACUGCCUCUGGGAGCGGGAAUGUGGGGGCGAAUGGUGCUGCUGUUGCCUCAGGGUCGGGGACAGGAGCGGCGAGCGGAUCGACAACAGCAGUCAAAAAGAGAGGUGGGCUGCUGCAACAGCAUCAGAUGCUCGAUUCGCCGAGUGCUGCGAGCUCGAUGCAUGCGACGCCCAAGUCGGCGCUCGACGGCAGUGCUACUGGGCAUGGUACACCCAUCGGCUCACCCAGUCUAACUGCCUCGCUCACCGCACCAACAUCAAAUCCAGCCGGUCGGACCGACAACACGCAACUCACCGGUGUCAUCCCCGACAGCCAGAUCUAUGCGAUCAAAAAGUUUAAGCCGGACACCAAGGAGACCGACGCGACCAUCUACACGGGCAUCUCUCAAAGCGCCAUGCGCGAGAUCUCGCUCAACCGCGAGCUGUCGCACGUCAACAUUGUCACGCUCCAUCAAGUGAUGCUCGAGGACAAAGCGAUUUACAUGGUCUUUGAGUACGCCGAGCACGAUCUUCUCCAGAUCAUCCACUACCACUCGACCGCCCUUCGCGCUCCCAUCCCGGUAGCGGUCCUCAAGAGUCUCCUGUGGCAGCUGAUCAACGGCGUCGCCUACCUGCACGCCAACUGGAUCUUACAUCGCGACUUGAAGCCCGCCAACAUCCUCGUCACUUCCGCGGGUGUCGUCAAGAUCGGCGAUCUCGGUCUGGCGCGUCUCUACUCCUCGCCCCUGCAGAGCCUGUACAACGGCGAUAAAGUCGUGGUGACCAUCUGGUACCGUGCCCCUGAACUGCUGUUGGGCGCACGUCACUACACGACCGCGAUCGACAUGUGGUCCAUCGGAUGCAUCUGGGGCGAGCUCCUGGCCCUACGACCGAUGUUCAAAGGCGAAGAAGCCAAAAUGGACCCCAAAACCAAAGCAGCCCCGUUUCAGACGGAUCAGUUGAAACGCAUCGUCGAAGUGCUCGGCACGCCCAACAAGGAUCGGUGGCCAUCCAUCGAGAGUAUGCCAGAUUACAAAGGGUGGUGGCCCCACUUGCGGUUGGAUAACUACGCCAAGACGCUUCCCCGAUGGUACGCAUCGCGACACAAAGCGGACGAUGGAUACGAGCUGUUCGAUCGACUGCUGCAGUACGAUCCGGAACAACGGCUGACCGCGACCCAGUCGUUGACGCACCCGUGGUUUGCAGAGUCACCCACUCCGACGAGCAACGCUUUUGUCAGUCUCACCAAGCCCACUGCGACCUACCCCAACCGACGCGUCAUUCAGGACGAUUUGGACCCGAAAAUGCGCUCCAACUACCAACCACCGAUCGAAACCCACCAUCUGGCCAGUGCACCGCAUCGACUCGCCCAACUGCUGCAUCAGCAGGAGAGUCUGCGGCAUCAAGCGAUGCAUCCUACCUCCACGGCGGUGCCUGUGGCGCCGAUGGUAGGUGGACCCGCCGCACCACCCCCGCUGGCGAUCCCGACGGGGGGAGCGGGCGCAGGCGCUCCGAGCACCGGCCCCACAGUGACCAAUCCGGUGAUCACCAUCGGUAGCACCGGUGGGCCGCCCAGUGUGAGAAGCAGUGUUGCGAGCGAUACCGAGACGCCGAGUGGAGGGGCAAGGGGCGAAAGGGAGAAUCUGGUGGCCAAGGCGACGAGGAAUCAGCAACGCAAGCGACAGCGCGUGUAA